AUGAAGAUGACCAACUUUGAGAAGUCGGUAAAGGGCGCCACCAAGCUCAAGCUCGCGGCCCCUAAAUCUAAAUACGUUGAAACGAUCCUGGUGGCGACUCAUACAGGCGAAGCGGGCGUCGCAGAGAUCUUCCGAACACUCCAGCACAGACUUCGUGAUUCCGCAUGGACGAUCGUGUUUAAGGCGCUCAUCAUCGUUCAUCUUAUGAUUCGGGAGGGCCAGCAGGAUGCAGCUCUGUCGUAUCUCUCGGACAACCCCAGGAAGAUCGCGCCUAGUAACUUCUCAGAAGCACAAUCACAGGGACAUAAUAUCCGGCGGUAUGCGGAGUAUCUUAUUACGCGCGCCAAAGCGUUCGGCGCCACUCAGACCGACUACGUACGAAGCGGACCCGGUCGCCUGAAGCGACUGAGCGUGGACAAAGGUCUUCUGAGAGAAACAGAAGUUGUACAGAAGCAGAUCCGUGCGUUGUUGCGAUGUGACCUAUUGACGGAUGAGCCUGAGAACGAGAUCAGUUUGACCGCAUUCCGCCUCCUCACACUCGACCUCUUGACGCUGUACUCGGUUAUGAACGAGGGUACAAUCAAUGUCUUGGAACAUUAUUUCGAAAUGUCAAGACCGGAUAGUGAACGAGCCUUGGCAAUCUACAAGAUGUUUACAAAACAGACGGAGGAAGUGGUACAGUUCUUGGGAGUUGCACGGCACUUUCAGUCUGCCACUCGUUUAGAAAUCCCGAAGCUCAAGCAUGCUUCCACCGACUUGGCGCGCCUUCUUGAGGAUGACUUGAAUGAUCCAGACUUUGACCUUCGCCGGCGAGAAUACUUGGCCGGGAAAGGGAUAAAGAAAGACGGACGUGCGCCGCCCUCUGCUGCGGAGGCCUCCUUCAGCAGUCAACCUAAGCGCAUGCCAAACCCGCCCAAGCAGCCCGAAACACAGAAACCACCCCCUACGGAUCUGAUUGAUUUCUUUGAUUCCAUCGAACAGAACCAACAGCCGAUGGCCCAGUCCACCGGAAUGCAGUAUCAGCAAACAGGCUUCCAGCAGCACCCGCAACAGCAGCCACAACAGGCAUUCUUCCCCCAGCAAACCGGUUUUCCGCAGCAGCCUCAAGCCACCGGUUACGGCCAGCAGAGUUCAUAUGGCCAGGCCUUCCCUCAGCAAAACACUGGCAACCCAUAUGGUCCGCAGCAAGUACAGCAGCAGCCGCAACCGCUCCAGGCGAUGCCCACUGGUGCUGGGUUUGGCGGAUAUACGGCACAGCCACAAUCCUACGGAUAUCAAUCACAGCUGGCUCCUAUUCCCCAUAACGAGGUUCCUUCGUUUCCCCAACAGCAGCAACAACAGCCGCAACAGCCACCGGCCUUGCAGGCGCAGCACACUGGAACCAAUCCGUUCCGGCAAUCUAUGAUGUUGCAUAAUCCCACUGGAGGUGUACUUCCCGCCCCUGCUAGCCCCCUGCAACGGCAAAACACAAAUCCAUUCGCCAAGCGCCUUUCUAUGGCGCAGCCUAACUAUAACCCGGGAGCUCCCGAUCCCGUUCCUCAGCUUCCUCAAGUCCCCCAGAUUCCCCAAGCGCCAGCGCAGCCACAAGCACUCCAGCCCCAGCGGACGGGGACCAACCCUUUUGCUCGGAGCUCCUCCGUCCCACCUCCCCAGAACGCGAGUCUGCAACCUUCAGCGGCUCCUCUGCGACCCAACCCCACUGGAAGCACCAAUCCCUUCCGCCAGAGUCAGUUUAUCAACCAGCAGACGGGGCAAGGGUGGCAAGCCACUGGGCAGAAUGGCACAAUGGGCGGGCUAGAACAGAUGGACACGGUUCCCAUCUUUCCGCGACCAGGCAUGACGUAG